GGAUUGCUGCGGCAGUUCCAGAGGAGAACAGAGGCAUGGCUGGGAAUGGAGCCAGGAGCCAGGAAGGCCACCGGGAGCAUGCCUUUGUCCCAGGGCCUUUUGAUGGAGCCAACCUUGCCCCACAUCUCUGGCUCCACCGCUUCGAGGUCAUCAACGACCUCAACAAUUGGGACCAUGUCACCAAGCUGAGAUUUCUGAAAGAGUCCCUUAGGGGAGAUGCCCUGGAAGUCUACAGAGGACUCAGUCCUGAGGACCAAGGAGACUACAAGGUUGUGAAAGAGAUCCUAAUGAAGACCUUUGGGGUCCCCAGUGCUGCCCCCAGCCACCUGCCCAAAGAGAUCAUCUUUGCCAACAGCAUGGGUAAGGGCUACUACCUCAAGGGGAAAAUUGGCAAAGUGCCUGUGAGGUUCCUGGUGGACUCCGGAGCUCAGGUUUCUGUGGUCCACCCGAGCUUGUGGGAAGAGGUCACUGAUGGCGAUUUGGACACCCUGAGGCCCUUCAAGAAUGUGGUCAAAGUGGCCAACGGUGCUGAAAUGAAGAUCCUGGGUGUCUGGAAUACAGUGAUGUCCCUGGGCAAGCUGAAUCUGAAGGCAGAGUUCCUAGUGGCUGAUACAAGUGCGGAAGAGGCCAUCAUCGGUACUGACGUGCUCCAGGACCACAAUGCCAUCCUGGACUUCAAGCAUCGUAUAUGCACCCUGAAAGGAAAUAAUUUCCGCCUUCUGCCUGUUGGAGGGUCUCUGGAAGAUGAGUUUGACCUGGAACUCAUAGAGGAGGAACCCUCCUCACAGGAGGGGCAGUAG